UACUUAUUCUUAACAAUCCAGGAUUCGGUCAGCUUCAAACUAGUCGCGCUCGCCGGCUAACACAUUGCCAUGCAUUCCACAUCCUGCGACAUUGCCUGUCAUGGGCUGUAACGCACAGCAAUUUAAUAUAAUACAAGAAUAAGCGCUCGUAGAUCAUAUUAAGUUGUGGGUCCCUUUGUGUGGCAUAGCUACGCGUGUUGAGCGCGAGGCCAGCUGCUGUUACGGUCCACCCAACGUUAUAUUUAUCCUGUCGCUUUAGAGUCUCAUACCCUCACAUACUGACUACUAUCGCAUUUCGACGAACAUCUCGAGCCUUUUGUGUAAUGUGUGAGCCCGAGGUCACGGCAGUGGAAAUCAACCAGCGGGCGCUUGUCGAUAAAGUCCUCGCCCGUUACCCAGAGGAGUUCACAGUGUUCCGAGAACUGUUGCAGAAUGCGGACGAUGCUGGGGCCGAAAACUUUAAUAUCGUAUUUGAGAGUCCACGCGGACGUGCAAGUAAUGGGACGACACCAGGUCUCAAUUCAACUAAGGUCUUGAAAUGGGUUGUCAAGAAUGACGGUGCCCAGUUUAAACCUGAUGACUGGAAGCGUCUGACGAAAAUUGCCGAAGGGAACCCGGAUGAACGCAAGAUUGGUGCAUUUGGAGUCGGUUUCUUUAGUGUAUUCAGUGUCACAGACAAUCCCGUUGUCAAAUCGGAUGGAGAGAUGAGAUCCAUCUAUUAUGACAGAGACCAGCUUCUUGUGAAGAAAGAAGGAUGCGACCGCGACAAGUGGACUGUGAUUGAGAUGGAGUUGAAGCAGGAGUCGACUAUUCCACGGAUCUUUGAACUCACGCGAUUUCUAGUAACCUCCUUGACCUUCCUGACCCGUGUUGAACAUGUUGGGAUCUUUCUGGACAACACUGAGUUGUCUCAUUUGACAAAAAAACGGAGUCAGGCCAGUCAGCCAAUAGCCAUCUCGCCGCAUAUGAUUAAAAAAAGCUCGCAUGGAACCAUGACCAUUGAUUCUGUUGCACUGAUAUCUCAGAAGGUCACAGUUGAGUUCUUUGACCAUACGCUCAUUGGAGGUUCAAAAACACUCGCCGCACGUGCGGAACCGGAAGAAGGUGGAAAUCCAGCGAAAUUCAAGAGUUUCUUCUCAAUGGAGAAAAACUCGAAAUCGAAUGGAAUAAUAGCAGCUCCAGAAGCUGCAGCAGCUGCUUCUGAAGCCUCGAGUUCCAAAUCUAGCGUCUCAGCAGAAUGUUCCAUCUACUCUGCAAAAGUUACUGUUACUGUUCCAGCGAAAUCGAGUCUGGAGGAGGGUUUGAAAUCCGCAACGAAGAAAAAGCUUCCCAAAGAUUUCCUAUUUGAAAUGGUUUUCUUCAGUAAGGACGAGCACGAUAAACAAUCACAAGAAGAUGCAGGGUUUGGAAGCGUCUUCCGUGGUCCUCAAGGAUUUUGUCCCCAAUUGGAAGCAGCACAUCCCCCUCGAAUCUUCAUCGGGCAAAGUACGGCUCAAACGACGGGCAUGGCUUGCCACAUGUCUAGCCGUUUUAUUCCAACUGUGGAAAGAGGCUCUAUUGAUCUUGCCAAUAAUCAUGUCUCCAAAUGGAAUAAAGAGCUCCUUUACGUUGGAGGUUUUUUGGCGAGGAUUGCUUAUGAUUCCGAGAUGAAAAAAGUAAAGGAUGCGUGGUCGACGUUGUCGAAACAAGAUGCAGAACAACUAGCCCUGUAUGCGAUGAAGUCUUUCGUCUUCCAUCCUUCCACCCCCGAUCCAAAGGUAUCCCAAAUCAUCAAGGAUGCAUUCUACGCUUGUUCGGAGUCAGAUGAAUUCCCGUUCAUAUCUGAUCAAGGGAUUCGGUACACGAAGGACAUCCGUCUCUACAAUUCUCAAUUCGCUCACUUCAUGCGCACUCCAACAUUCCCAAUGGACCUGCGUCCCAUAUCAGCAUCCAUGGCGCUUCCUGAUUCUCUCCGGAUCAGACCGUACACAAUCGGAGAUGUCGUGAAAGAACUGAAUUCGCGGUGGCUGAGUGAGUCGGAGAUGGCUGCUUGCUUACGUUGGUGGUGCACUUCACUUGGAAGUCAGGGUCCUUUGGAUGACCAGCAGAAAAGGUGUCGGGACGAACUGCUCAAAGUAGGCAAAACGCGUUCCGGGGGGAAGGAAGUCAGACUUAACUCCAUCAGCAAAUUUAUCAAUCCACUAAUGCUGAGUGUCCGCCGUUCUGAUGACCCUUUGCCAGACGACACCAUACCCCCAGCACUUACCCAAAACGUGACUCACUGGAUUCCGGAGGCUUUUGGAUGGCAAGAGAUGACAAUCCUACACUGGCUUCGACACCUCAAGGACAGUACGUCAGAUCUGGCACAUGACAUCAACCAUACACCCAGUUUCGCGCAACACGUCCUCAGCGUCUUCGGUGCCCUUUGGCAUUCACUAGAUGACAAUAGUCGUUUCGAAGUUCGGGAGAUUUUAAAGGAUAUGAAUUGCAUACCUGCAACCAUCUCGAACAAACCUUGCAUGACGCGACCCCAGGACGCGUAUUUUCCUGAAGCCGACGUUUUUCGCGACCUUCCAGUCGUUAGACAAGACCUCCUCGCGGAUUAUCGCAUGGUGCAGCCACUACAAUAUCUGGGGGUGCAAGAACGGUGCGACAUCGAGACAUUCAUAUCCAAGGCAAUGGGCGGUGAUAGAUGGAAUGCCAUGGACCUGGCGAGGUACCUCCUUACAUCUCCUUCGGAACAUGCGGCUCGCGUCAUGGGGAUGAAGAUCUUUCCUUGCAGUGAUGGUGAAAGACGUCAAAUCAAUGAGCUCUUCGCAUCCUCAGAAACUAACCGGGCACUCAAACUACAUGUAAUCAAUUGCGGCUACUGGGAUCCAAGCAGCCAUGAAGCACUAUUCCUCAUUAGACAUGGGUUACACGAUUACCCUACGAUAGAUCAACUCAUCCCUAUCGCGUCUUCCAAGGACGAUCAUGACGCUAGGCGUGCUGCAUUCGCAUCUCUUUGCGGACCAUUGUAUGAAUCAUUUCUUGAAAGGCAGUUCGAUCCAUCAAAGUUCUCCAAGUUCCCCUUCAUCCCUGGUGUCAGAGAUGGAAGAAAUUGUCAAAUCCCUCAUGACGAGGUGUUCUCGGACUCAAACUGGAAAGUGUUGGGCUUUGGUCAUUUGCCCGAUCAGUUCAGCAAGAAGAAUAUUGCAAAGCUGAAGAUUCGAGAUCGCCCUACCGCUGAAAAGUUAUUCCAGGUUCUUCAAUCGACUCCGCCAAAAGACCCGCAAACUGCAAAGAGCUGGUUUAAGUUUCUUGCUGAAAAAGGAGUUUUCUCAGCAGGAGAAUUCGAAAAAAUCGCAGACCUGAAAAUUGUUCCCGUUGAGGUAACUUCCGAGCAGCCCCAACUCAGUAAAUCUUAUGAGCCAGUGGCGCCUCGUGAGUGCUUCCUGAAGUCAGACUCAUACCCCGGGGACCACUUCUACCAGCGGCUGUUUAAGUUUGUCGACUUCGGGCCUAGUGCCAACGCUUUCUUAAAAGCCUGUGGUGUUAAGGAACGCCCUGAAUGCAUCGAUGUUCUCAGAGUUCUCCUGAAAUGUCCAAAAACGUUUCUUAAACUAGCUGAGGACGACCAUGAGAGAUACUUGACUGAGCUGCGUCUGAUUGCGGUUGGUCACAAGUCUCUUCCUCGAAAGAUCCACGAAGACAUGCGCACUGCCUCAAUUUUCUUAGGAUACCGACAAGGGAAAGGUGGUAUUGGCCGCGAUGGGUACAGUCACGAAGCAGACGAGUUUGAACUUUGCAAGGCCGAAGAAGUAUUGGUCGCAGACGACAUGGAAAGUCGUCGCACCUUUGGCGACUGCAUUUUCAUCGCUCCCCAGGAGGAGUUGUUAGAAAAGUUUUACUCUGAAAUGAAAGUCAAGUCGCUGAGUUCUUGCAUCAAAUACACUGUGGAACCAGGCAAGGAGUUGCUGGACGCACGCAGUGCCCGCGACCUUCUAAAUUCUAUCAUUGACAAGAUACCUAUUUUCCUCCACGAGUUCGACGAACCACGCUUUAGAGAUGGAAUGCGCCUGUUACGGUGGCAUGACGAGGAUCAAUUUUUCGUGCGAGCUUGUCGAAAGCUUGAUGUUACGAAGAGACUAGACUUCCCAAAUGCGACUAAUGGACUUCAGGGACAGAAAGCGCACCCUACCGAACUCUCCGCUGAGACGCAAUCCAAGGAUGGCCUGCAUGUACUGUGGAUCAAGGAGCCAAAGGCUGACAGUUAUGAUGUAGCAGCAGCUCUAUGUCGCCUGCUGUUCUCUACCUAUAAAAAGAAUGAUGUCCUGUCUCUUAUGACUAUAUUGGAUACAGACAUUAACGUCCUCAAGCGUCGUGGUUACGAUGUCGAUAGAAUUCUCUCGGAGUAUCGCGAGAACCUGGAAAAGGCCGAACAUGGAGAAAAUCCUUGCAAUGGGGCACCACCCGGACCUGUUCAAGCUUCCCCUCAAGAUGCAUCUUCGGAAAGCGAAUCAACCUGUGACAAGCCGGAGCCCGUCAGCAAAUUCACGAAGUUUUGGCAUCGGUUUCGCAAAGACCCCAGGUUGGGUCAGAUCAAGCUCAGUGAGAUAGAAAACUCCAUCGAGAAGGUGAAGAAUAUCAUGAAGGAAGAGGGUGGCGAUAACGACUCGCACAUCAGCAAUAGGGAACAGGUUGGUGGAGGGAAAAAGCAGAAAAAUGUCGCAUACUGCGAUGAGAAGAAGGUUGCAAAGACGGAUCUCGAAGAAUGUGAGGGCCAACACGUCGGGCAAGUCAAAGUCUGGAAGCGAAAGGGGACAGUCUUGGGUGUUCCCUCAAAGGAACGCGAAGCCUUUGGGAAUAUCAUUAGUAACCUCGCAACAGUCUUUUCAAUCAAUCAGACACGAUGUCAUGUAUUCUAUCACGGCGAAGACUCGAAUCUGAUGGGUUUCAACCGCAAUGAUCAGAUAUUUUUCGGUCUGGAACACUAUAUACAGAACCACAAAGAUGCCCCUGCUGGAAAAGCUUACAUUGACUGGUAUUAUGUCAUGGCACACGAGAUGGCCCAUGUGCACACCCCAUACCACGACGAGCAUCACGAGCUGCUGUUUCAAGCGCUGGCGACGAGAUACCUGACUGAGCUCCAUAAUCUGCCAGACGUGCGAGAGUUGUUCAAGUGCACUUCUGGUUGAUUACAUUACUACUGCACUGUCUUUCUAGUGGGCGUUCCGGAGGAUAAUGUAUUGGACCCUGGUACCUACGAGUUCUUGGUUGUCGCUUUUUGGUGUUUGAUUUACUUUAACGUUGCCGUUCUAUCCCAAUUUGUGUUGUGCCGCGAGUGCAUGCACGUCCGUGGGAACUCAUCAUGAAUAGUAUUAUAAACUUGCGCUUUGCA